UUCCAUCCUCACACCCUUGGGUAAAAUUAUUAAUGCUGGAUUAUGUUUGCAUCUAUAGUAUUAAAAAUCUAGUGAAGACACUUGAAUCAACAUUGAUCAUCCCCAGGCCUAAGAUGGCAGAGAGCUCCAGUUCCAAGCGUGCUGCUAGGAAUCCCGCCAAACAAAUUUGGCCUCCUGCCCGUAUACGUUUAUUUUGUGUAUGCUGCGUCGAACAGAUUAAUAAGAAUAAUAUACGUAUAAGAGAUGAUUUGGAUGCUGGUGCAAUAGGGUGCUUGCGUGAAGAGUUCGUCAGGCAAAAUGUUAAUGAUAAAGUUCUUAAUAAUAUGACGGGCAUGCAACUUCGAAAUGAGUGGAACAAAUUGAGACAGUUGUAUGAUUUCCGCCUCAAGUAUUUGAAGGCUGUGAAGAGAGGAGAGGUGACAGAUUUUACAUCCAAGCUUCAAACAUACGGGAAUGAAUUUCAAGCCAUGGUACAUGGUUCUCCACCAAAUUUUGAGUUGCUCCAUCAGAUGUUUAUGCAAGGCGACAGAUCGACGAUGUAGGCGUGGCUGUGCCGACCGUCGGAGAAAGAGGAAGCAGGCUGGGUUCGCGGUGCGCUCGCGGUUCACGGCGUUGCAGCACGUCGACACGUCCGGCUCGAUGUCGCUCCUGGCGUAGCAGCUCCUCUCCGGCUCGGUGACGGCGACUGGCUCCUUAGCAGCUGCGGCUCCUCCACAUCCUGGCGCCGGGUACAGGAUGGUGAAGGCGGCGUUCGCAGUACGGGUCACCGCGGCUCCGAUUCGGCGUCGGCUCGUCACGGCGCUUGGUGGAAUUGGGGUAAGCCCCUGGUGGUGGCGUGAGGAAGGCGAAAAGGGGCGAGGGGUUAAGUAGGAGGAAGGCUAGGGUUCCAAGGAGAGGCUUCCGUGCGGGUGGCCGUCGAUUUUCGGCUUCCGUGCUCUGGGGUACGUGGUGCGCAUCGAACGGCAGUUUGGGGUGCGCGGCGCAGGCUCUCCCUCUCGCAUGAGGAAGAGAAACAGGGCUGCUGGGCCGUAAGGGAGGGUUGCGACGCCGACCUGGGUUGUAACGUUAGUUAACUAACCCCAACCUGGGUUCGAACCCCUCUCCCACCUAUUUUCUCACCUCAUGCGCCCCAUCCCACCUUUCUGCGCUCGCGAGCCCAUGUCCAGCGGUCAGACCACCGGUUCAGAAGCCCAGUUUUCUACCGGUUUUUCAGAAAACCGGGCGGUUUGAGCGGUUUAACCCGGUUCAAUUGCAUGGCCGAUCUUUUACAUGGACCGAACCGCUGCGGGGCUCCGGUUUCUGGUUUAACCGGUCCUAAUAACUGUGCUCGUGAGUGGGGAUUUGACGGUGGAGGGGGGCCCACGCGGCGGCAGACCCGCUGGCAGAGCCACGGCACAACGUGGACACUGCAGGCUGUUUGGUUGGACGCCGUCGGUCGCCACGCCUAGAGUUCGGCGGCUACGUCCCAGAGAACAAGUUGUAGUUGUAGUAUCUGAACUCAUAUGUAGACAUACACACCACACAAAUUCACUUACACCUCACGCAAUACUCCCUACAAGUAAGCUAAGGUCUAGUACAACCUAUCCUUCAUUGUUGUCUGCUCACCUAUUACAACCUAUCCUCUAUUGUUACCUGCUCAUUUGCAGAAACACGGUCGGAUGAUGGCCACUU